GAUCAAAAACUUGACAAAUCAAAUGUUACUUCUAAAGAAACUUUAUGGGAGUGUACUAGAGACAAAGUAAAGUCUCAAAAGACAUUUUGGUUAAAUAUAUUGCAACAGUGCCUGAAAGACUGUCUGCAGGUAUUAAAGCAAAAGGGACACACACAAAAUAUUAACUGUUUGCUGAACUCAAGCACUUCCACCGAGUUUCUAUUGUACUAAAUAUGAAGAUUAAUAACAUUUUGAUAUUUCACCUGUGAUUUACCUUCCAUUGUUCUUUGAAAGUAGCCUGAAAUCUAAUUUUUGACUUUAUCCUAACACUUUUAUACAGUACUGUACUUUAAUUUCUUUUGAGAGACUUGAGUUGAUCUGUGUUGUGAAUAAUUUGAUUCUGGUGGCUGGAAGGUGAAGACUGUAGCUUAUUUUUCGAUCUCUGAACUUGAUCCUUUUUAUCUUGCAUGGUGACCUAGGCAAUAUGUAACAUAAUUGUGCACUCUAUCAUAAUGGGAAAAAGGAUGUUGCUGUUGUUGGCAUUGCUCAGGAAGCACCACGAGGAGGUAACAACCUGACUUUGCUACCCAGGAAUAAAAGUAAAAGAGGCUAUCUCAAGAUAUUUUUCCAUGAUAUCUCAAAUAAACAACUUUUAUUCACCUUGUGCUUAUCCCCCAUAAUUAUUUUUAACAUGGUUAUAGAAAAGGAUCUCCUUCCCUUACUGCUAUAUAAGACUAAUGCAUUGGUGCUGUUAUAGGAUCUUUUUUUUUUUGCAUGAAGACAUCCCAGCUGAUGUUAUUUAUCUUGUCAUUCACAUGUUUCAGAAAGCUUUUGAUAUUUGAGUGCUUAAGAGAUUGGUGGAAAAAUUAAGAAGUAAAAAAAAAUUGGGUUAAGGAUAGAAACCAAUUUGUGAUAUUUUCUAACUGGGAAAAUGUGACCAGUGGGGUUGUAUCAAAGGCUGAGUUUUAGGACUUUUGUUGUUCAUUAUUCAUGUUAAUGAUUUGGGUGGAUUCUUGGAGUAAUAUAUAUAUACAUCUUCCAAUGAUAUAAAGAUGAUGCGAAGAGUGAUUUGUUAAGAAUAUUUUAUUUAUUCAAAAGACCCUUAACUGUCUUAGAGAAUGGGUCAUAACGUACUAUGUAAAAUAAUAGUUUUAUCACUGAAGGGUACAGUUAUUUGGGGCAUGGAAAUUUUGAAAUGAUUUAUUAUUUGUAUGAUAGAAACAUUGUUUAUGCAAAAGAAAAAAGGGUUUAGGUGUGAUGAUGGAUAAAAUUUCUAAAUCCUAAUUGAUAAGUAUUUAAUUGUGUGUGAGGAUCAAAAGAAGCUAUUAGGUCUAAUUAUAAGUAUUUGAAUUUAAGAAAAUCAAGGGUCAUAAUGAAGUUGAAGGAUGGUACAAAGACUUGUACAAGUUGGUAGAAAUUGGGGAAGGGAAUAUGCCUUCCUGAAAUGUAUAGUGAUGAUGAUUGUGAGAUAUCAUCAGUAGGAUCUUUAAUUCUGACUGUGAUACAUUUCGAUUUUUACUCCAGGCAAACAACUGUUUGCAUAUAAGUAAAUAAAAAUAAAAUAAAAUCCUGUACAGCUAAAGCCCCAGUGUGUGAAUAAAAAUUGAUAUUUUCUUGUUCUUUGCUGUCAAAGUUUGAUUUGUUCUUUGCUUAACUAAAUAAAAAUUUGCUGUGUAUUGCAAUUACUUGGUACCUGUUAGAUAUCAGUAAACCUGAAUAUUAGACUAAUAGCAGAAAAAUAUGGAAUCUCAAAUGUUAUACAACUUUUGUCUGAUUCAAUGAAUUUUACAUUUCCCAUUGAAAUAAAUGUCCAAAUUUGGCAUCAACUACCACUGAUUCUUUCAGAAUGCUCUAGUUUUAAUAUUUAACACACUGUAUUAUUUACAAUCUAGUUCAAUGAAACACACACAUGUAUAUACUGUAUGCUAGUACCCACAUUAAGAUCACUGUAUUAGUAUAAGAAGUAUUAACCUGAAUGGUUAAAUAGAUAUUGGAUGGCUUGUAAUGUAAACAUAGUAUUCAAUAUUCUGUGUACUAUUGGUAAGAGUUUUUUGAUGUCAUUGCAUGAUAUGCAUAAUGCAUGAAUGAAACCAUUUUAUUAAAUCAUUCACCAGCUAACUAGAAAUUUACAGAGGUGUUUGAAGGGUAUGACAAAACAAUUGAAGAAUGUGAUAAUGUCAAAACAGCACAGUUAAACAGCCAAAUUGUAAAGAUUUUCUGAGUUACAUAAUAACCACCAUUGUUGGGCAAUAUUACUAGCACGAGUAAUAUAUUACUUAUUACUGAAAAUAGGAGUAAUAUCACUUGCAAACAAAAACAACAUCAACUAAUUCUACGAGAUGUUACUGGCAAUACUAACUCUGGUGUGUUUUGCAUAACCAUGGGUAGUUUCUGUGUUUGUUGGAAAAUAAUGAAGAAAACAUAUAAAACUUAUGCACCUGUGUAUAAGUAGAAUUUCUAAAGGAAGAAGUUUAUCAAUGAUAUUAAGUUUCAAAAAAAAGAAAAAAGACUGUACAAUGGAUUCCUAAGUUGUAUGAUGUUAGGUGUGAUGUUAAAUUCACACAUGAUGACUAGACAACAAAAAAGUAUUUGAACAGUGAAGUUAAAAACAGCUCCUAAGUUUUGUGCAGAUUAAAAAUGAAAAUGUGGACAGUCCUUAUUCUAGUCAGGCUUUUGUUGGUAAUUUUACCACAGACUGGUUACUUGCAUCCAGAUGAAUUUUUUCAGUCUACUGAGAUAAUGGCAGGGAAUAUCUUUGGAAUGAACAUCACUGCAGCUUGGGAAUUUAACACCAGCUUUCCUAUGAGGAGUGUUACCUUUACUUAUAUCAUUGUAGGAAUACCAUAUAUUUGUUUAAAGACUCUGAGUGAUAUAUUCAGUUUUGUGCCCUCUGGCUAUGUGAUGGUUGUAUUACCUCGUCUUAUCAUUACUCUUUUCUCCCUUCUUCACGACUGGUGGUUGUACAAGCUAUGUUGCAUGUAUCGUAAAGAUUAUGUUUCAUGUUUAACAUUGUUCUGUAGUUCAUACGUAUGUCUUGUAUUCUAUACAAGAACUUUUAGCAACACAGUGGAAGCUUUAUUCAUGUCAGCACUUUUGUAUGUUGUUGGAAAAGCCAUGUAUCUACAUGACUAUCAUAAAAAGGGAAAGAGUAAACAGGAAAGUAAACAAAUUGAGGAUUCAUCUAUACAGGUACCUUAUGGAACAAAUAUAGUAGCAGUUAUUAUAACAGGUGGAUUUUUCAAUAGACCAACAUUUCUGCUAUUUGCAACAACUCCAGUUUUAUUCUGGAUUCUUACUGGACUUGACCUUUCUUGGUCAAGUUCAACAAAGCUACUGAAAAGACUUGCAAGUCUUGUUCCUUUAAUGUCGUUAACAGCAUUACAGUUGAUUUUAGUGGACUCCCUAUAUUACACAGAGCUUUCAUUUUCAAACUUGAUGACAUUCCAAAAGGACUGGACUAAACUGUUAGACCAUGUGGUGAUCACUCCCAUUAACUUUAUCAUUUAUAACACUAAUAGAGAGAACUUGAAAGAACAUGGGUUGCAUCCCUGGUACCUUCAUCUGUUUGUUAAUAUUCCACUGUUGUAUAGUGUACUAGGUCUUUGCAGUUUUUGGCAGUAUAUAUCAACAAUGAAAAAACUUAUUACCAGCAAACUAACUUGUCAGCUCAGUGCUAUUACAGGGUUAAUGAUAUCAUCCAUCUUCUUUCCUGUACUUACUUUAUCAGCAUUUCCACAUCAAGAACCAAGGUUUCUUAUCUCUCUAUUGAUGCCAUUAGCAUUUCUUUGUAGUGAAAUGGUAUUCAAUAAAUUUUUUUUUACUUUCUUCUGGUGUUUUACUAAUGUGCUGUGCACAAUAUUUUUUGGGUUUCUGCAUCAAGGAGGGUUAGUACCAUGUCUUUUAAAUCUUCAAAAAAUUGUGGAUUUGAAAGCACGUGAUAACCAUGUUGUAUUUUUUCACACAUACAUGCCACCCCAGCAUCUCAUGAGAAGUUAUUUGAUAGAUGAUCAUCAAUCUAAUAUUCAAAUUCACGAUCUUGCUGGAGGAGGUACAGAAGAAUUAAAGGCUAAAAUCAGUACACUGCUGAAUGAUCCUCAGAAUAAAAAUACUUUUGUUUACCUGGUUAUACCAGGAACAUUGAAAAACAUAACUAAUGAGAUGCUGAAGAAGUCCAAGGAUAAAGGUCUGUUCAAAAUAGAACUUGAAACUAUUGGUAAGUUUUUUCCACAUCUUAGUAUGGAAGAUCCUCCUCAUCUGCAACAUCUCAACAUUCGAAAAAACACUACAAGUCUAGUGGAUGAACUUGUCACUUUGUUCACGUUAUAUCUGUUUAAAGUUAGCUAAUUAGAUGAUUAGAGAAAAUAUAUUGUCACUCUGACAAUUAUAGUUAAACUUUGAUAGUGUUUGUCAAAAUAUCAUGUUUCGUUAACUUAUAAAUUAUUUAUAAGCAUCCUAUUUUUAGAAAAAGGCUAGGAGUAAAUAGAUACUUUAUUUUCUUGAGAGAAUAUUAUGAAAUAAAAUGAGUUGUUACUAAUGUUAUCUGGUUAAAAUAACAAGGUGAAAGUAGAGACAAUGACAACCAGGUAGUUUUUAAAUUUCUAGCUGAAAUUAUCACUGGACAAAAAUACUUUGUUUCAAUUUUGUCCGACAUUUAUAUGAUAAAGUUAGGGAUGGUGCAUAUUCUGUACUCUGAAAAUAUUUACCAUUAUUUUUGGGAUAAUGAUGAAUUAUAAUAAAAGUAUAAUGAAAAUAAAUAUAUUUUUCUUUGGAAAUUGUUUAAAACUAGUCACGUACAUAUUCUCUAGUCACGUACAUAUUCUCUAUGUGUGUGUAUAUAUAUAUCAAAACUUCAAGUGAACAUAAAAACUAAAUUGUAGUUUAGUUUCUAGAAAAGCACAAGUGUAAAUACAUGCAUCUUUUUUCAUGAAUUUCUCAUUCAGGCUUUUUGUGAUAUAAAGUAGUAUUAAAUAUAAUGUUUUUAGGAUUGAACAGAUGUUUACAGAUUGAAGGAAAUGAUAAGUUACUAACACAAUUUAAUAGUCCUUUACUUAGUUUGAAGUUAACAGCAAUGUGUUUAAAGAUUUAACCACUUUUCUAAACUACAGCUAUU